AUGGAGAUGCGGCGGCGGGGGGGAGGCGCUCCGGGGGACGUCGGCGACGGCGACGGCGACAGUGAGGCUAGGGGGAGAAGGCGGGUAUCGUUCCUGACGAGGUGCGUGGAGGCAGUCUUCGCCUUUGUGAAGCUGGCGGAGUUCGAGAUCCUCUUCAUCCUUUUUUUGGUCGUUGCCUUCCUCAUCUUCAAAGACCUGGUGCGUUUUUCCUUUUUCCAUUUUAUGCAGUCUGGUUGCGACUCAUCAGGCUCGUGGUUCUUCUCUUGAAUUGACUAGUGAAUUUGGAUUCCUCUUUUAUCCGUAUGGCUUGAGGUGUCGUCCCGCUUAUAGACGUAAUCUGUGCUUGAUUCAGCGGUGAUGAUAUAAUUAUCAAGGGACGAAGAAUCGAAGAUUUUAAUUUUACUUCCAUUUAUAGUUACUUCUGUUAAUGUCGGCGAAUUUUGAGUCCAGAAGAUAAGGCAUAGUUUUUCGAUAUGGGAAGACUGGUAUUAAAAAAAAUCUCCAGGAGAAUCGAUUGAAGUGACAUUGAGAUCGAGGUUUAUUUUUUCUCGGAAAAUUUUGAGCAUAUUUUAUUUAAAUCUAUUUUUUUCGUUAACGAAGAGCAUUUGGUGCGCAAUGUCUCUGAAAUUCACUGGGUUAAGAUGGUAGAAUUUGUUUCAGAUUUGUGUUGAAUUGGCCGUCAAUAUUUCCGUUGUCUUCUCACCUCUCAAUUGGACUUUAUUAGUUCCCUGGGGAGAGUAAUUUUAUGGUCUAAGGGCUUAUCUGCCUUUGGAUAAUUGCCUUGUGAUUUCUGUUGGCUUGAGGAUUAUCUCUCAAGUCAACCUCUAGUCAUUGAGAUAUUAAUGGAAGCUAUUAGGUGUGGUGUCAGUCCGUAUUUUUCUUAAUUUAUUUCAUUAUCUCAUUAAGGCUGAACUAAGAAAAAAAAUUGAAAUUCCUGAACGCGCUGAUAUGUGUUCCAUAGAUAAAUUAACUGAAAUGAAUGGUAAUUUAUCUUUGCAUGGUACUAUCUUUGUUCAAGGGAACUUCGUGGAAAUUAUGGCUUGUUCUUCUUCCCUACAGAUGAUGCAAUUAAUUUGAUUCGGCAUUUCUGAUUUAACGACUGUAUCGUAGUCAAGAAAUGGGCUUGAGUAGGUUUUGGGAUUAAUGUUCAUCUAUAACGAAUAAAUAUUUAGAUUAGGUUUUAUUAUUUAAGUUAAAUUUUAAUUUACAGAUGAUCCCCGUCAUGCUGCAUUGGAUACACCUUAUGGAAUGGCUUAUGGUGAUAAAAUAUUUGGUCAUGAACCUUUUACUGCCGCCGUUUAUAUUAUACUUUUGAAUUAGCAGAACACCAUCAGCUCGUCCCUCUUCCUUAAAUGUCAAGACCAAACUUCCCUGGACUUGUCUUUCUCAGAUCCUUGCCCAUCGUCAUUUGAUCAUAUCUUGUAACACCGUGCUCUUGAUGGAGAGAAAUCCAGCAUGGAGCAGAAGCAAGGAAUUAGGUAUCAGUCUGCAAUUCAAGAACGGUCUUCUGUUUUGUUUUGCGUCUAGGGGGAUUGAUGUAAUCGCCUCCAUCUCUGUCAGUCGAUAACCCGCCCUUUCUCAUUGGGUGUCAUACCCUCCUUCCUGUGACGAUGUCAAUGUAAACUCAGUUGACACUUAAAAAUGAUAUUUGAAAUUACCAAUAUCUUUUUUUAUUAUCAUCCAAAAUAUGUCAUGGUAAAAAAUAGGGAAAAAAUGCUUUUUUAUUUAUUUCCCGUCAUUUAUGUUAUGAUGAUUAUCUCAUUCUUCUGUUCCUAUAUUUGAUGCUGUCAAUCAUAUGCAGACUUCACAGCCUCGUUACAACCAGAUUCUGGUGAAGAAGCCGGGUGAUGAUGAUUUUUGGCCUUUUCCCGCGUUCCAACGUAAGGAUUAA